AUGCGGCUGCUCGUGCUGUUCGCCGCCGCGCUCUCUUCUCCAAGCCUCGCGCUGGACACGCUGGAAAGGCUGGACACGGACUCUUGGACGCCCGCGGCCCGUGGCGCCGCCCUCUCCGGUGGCCUGGGGCACCCCCGUGUCUUCGCCAACCUUACGCUGGACGAGUUCUUCGACAAGCUGAGCCUCGCGAGAGAGGAGGCAAGCUCGCAGAACCACAAGCGUCAGCCGGUAACGAGCGAACAUGACCAGAUGUGCCAGGAGGCGAUGCAAUCCAGCUCCUGGCGCGCCAGCUGGGGCGCCUGCACAAACUCGGACCACUCCAGGCGAGUCUACUGCAAAACAAUAAUACGUGGCGCAGACGGCAGGCUUCCCAGAGAGAGGAGUGUCCAAAAGGUUUGCCCCGUGAACAAAAAGUGCUACAGAGUCCUCACGAGAAACUCCAUGGGCAACAUGGUUCACCUGCCGCUGUGUCUCGACCAGCUCAUCAUCGACAAGAUGGAGAAGGGCACUCUGGAAGAGCACUUGUGGUACCUCUUCUACAAGGAGUAUUUCGCCUGGAACACCGAGGCGCCGACGCUGGGCUACACGACCAGCUACCACGUGCAAAUGGGCGAGGGCCAGGGCUCGGGUCUCUUUACCGACACCAACGGCCACAGAAGUCGGGCAACGUCCUGGUCGUGCAUCGAUUGCCCCCCUGGGCGGACCAAGAUUGAAACCCAGACCAAGUCGUUUGCAUAUGCCUAUGUGUCGAGUUAG